AUGGGUAAGCACAAAGACGCCGGAAUAUUCAGCCGCGGGGACUUCACGGCGACAGAGAUGGAAUCCUUAGCUAGCUUCUGCGAAACCGUCUUGCCUCCAGUGCCACCGCCGCCGGAAGAAUUUUCCGACAAAGAUGAUCAUCACCGGAACAAAGAGGCUCUCCGAUCAUUUUACACAACUUCUGGCUCUCAAACUCCUGUCCUUCACCAGACCAUUGAGCUUAUUGUGAAACGAGGGACGAUAGAAGCUUAUCUUAUGGCGAGACUUGCUUUGUUCCUACUUGCUACUCGGCUUGGGACAUUACUCAUUUGUGGAACCGAAUGUUUGGUCUCGAGAUGGCCUUUUAUCGAGAAAUUCAGCGAGCUCUCGUUGGAGAAGAGAGAAAGAGUAGUUCAGAAACAAUUCAGGAAUUGGUUAUUGACUCCCAUUAGAGCUGCCUUUGUCUACAUCAAAUCCGCCUUCCUCUUCUGUUUCUUCUCCCGGGUGAGUCCAAAUGGCGAAAACCCGGCAUGGGAAGCCAUAGGGUAUGGCGCGAACCGCGACGAGAACAAACCUUCUGAAACUUAUAAAGAAAGACCUCUUGAGAAAGGGAUGGUGGAGACCAUGAAAGAAACAGAUCAAACUCUCCUCGAAUUACUUGCUCAGAAAGGCCUAGAAGUGGACCAGGACCACGAGGCGAUCAGAAUCAAAUGUGACGCUGUUGUGGUCGGAUCUGGCUCAGGAGGAGGUGUGGCAGCUUCUGUCCUAGCAAAAUCUGGAUUGAAAGUGGUUGUUAUGGAGAAAGGAAGCUACUUUACGCCAUCAGAUUACACUCCUUUCGAAGGUCCUGGCGUUGACAAAAUGUAUGAAAAUGGAGGAAUUCUCCCAAGCCUCGAUGGGAAUUUCAUGGUUUUGGCUGGAGCAACUGUAGGAGGUGGAUCUGCUGUGAAUUGGUCUGCGUGUAUCAAAACACCGAAAUCGGUUCUUCAAGAAUGGUCCGAGGAUCAAAAGAUACCUCUUUUCGCCACCAAAGAAUAUGUUUCGGCUAUGGAGUUAGUGUGUGAGAGGAUCGGUGUCACGGAGAAGUGUGAAACGGAGAGUUUUCAGAAUCAGAUUCUGAGAAAAGGCUGCGAAAAUCUCGGGAUCAAUGUCGGAAACGUGUCUCGUAACUCCUCGGAGAGGCAUUACUGCGGAUCGUGCGGGUACGGAUGCAGACAAGGAGACAAGAAAGGAAGCGACCAGACUUGGCUUGUCGACGCUGUGAGUCACGGUGCUGUGAUUUUAACUGGAUGUAAAGCGGAGAGAUUCAUACUCGAAAAGAACAGUUGUACCGUAGGAGGCAAGAAAAUGAAAUGUUUGGGAGUGUUGGCGAAAUCUUUAAACGGAAACAUAGUGAAGAAGCUAAAGAUUGAAGCUAAAGUAACGGUUUCUGCAGCGGGUUCUCUUCUAACACCUCCUUUGAUGAUCUCUAGCGGGUUGAAAAACCGACACAUCGGUAAAAACCUUCACCUACACCCUGUUCUAAUGGCAUGGGGUUACUUCCCGGAGAAGGAAUCUUCUAACUACAAUUUCCAAGGAAAUUCCUACGAAGGCGGAAUCAUAACAUCAAUGAGCAAAGUGUUAUCAGGAGAUUCAGAAGUUAGAGCCAUCAUAGAGACACCAGCACUAGGACCAGCUUCAUUCUCGGCGCUAUGUCCUUGGACCUCAGGGAUUGACAUGAAGAAAAGAAUGUCUAGAUACUCAAGAACCGCAAAUCUUAUAACGAUAAUUAGAGAUCGCGGGUCAGGAGAGGUGAAAACCGAAGGAAGGAUAAGCUACAUUGUAGAUAAAACCGACAGAGAGAAUCUCAAAGCCGGGCUUAGACAAUCCUUGAGGAUACUCAUUGCAGCUGGAGCAGAGGAAGUGGGAACUAACAGAAGCGACGGUCAAAGAUUGAUAUGCAAAGGGGUUGAUGAGAAGUCGAUCGAGGAGUUUUUAGACUCGGUGAAUGCAGAGGAAGGGCCAAAGUCGAUGACCGAGAAAUGGAAUGUGUAUAGCUCAGCUCAUCAGAUGGGAAGCUGUAGAAUUGGAGAAGAUGAAACAGGAGCCAUAGAUCUUAAUGGAGAAACUUGGGAAGCUGAGAAGUUGUUUGUGUGCGAUGGAAGUGUAUUGCCGAGUGCUAUUGGCGUUAAUCCUAUGAUCACAAUCAUGUCUACUGCUUAUUGUAUCUCCACAAGAAUCACUAAGUCCAUGACCAAAGGUUUAUCUCAUUGA